UCAAAAUGUAUUGUCAAGAUAUUGGUGAAGUUUAUAAACCAAAAUUAUCAAAAGCGAUCCAAAUCAUUAUGUCAUUUUUUCACAAUAUUUUGUCUGUUUCAGAUUUUGCCUUUAAGGGAGCUUGUAAUAACAGCUUAGGAAAUCUCACUUUGUGCUUCAAAAUCGUGCAUUGUCUGCCCUUCGCUAGGGCAACCGUAAGAGUUCACUGAGAGGACAAAUUUUCUAUCUCAUUAGGUUUUUUUUAAGGCAAACCUUACUAACCCCUCAAACCCUUGACCUUUAAAGACAGUAUUUUGUGUAAGCUCUAUAUUUCUCCUACUAAGAUGACCCUUACACAUGGUCUCCUGCUCUCUCCCUCUUUUUCCCUCCCUCUCUUUAAGACACACUCAUCUGCUUUAGUCACAGAGCCAAGCUGUGCAUGACUCUGGAGAUAAAAGUUUUGUCAACAUCUGAAAUCAACCUAAAUCGGAUAGGAGACACUUUAAUGGUCACAGUUUGAAUUAAGUACUUAACACACUCCCCCUUGAAGAAAAAUGGCACUUUGCAGGCUUUCUUCCCUAGUUUUGCUGAAAUCUACGAUAUACCCGGUGUUUUAUUACAGCAGGAAUUCAACUGUGACAGGCAUAGUAGAGUACUUAAUACCCAGGAUGGAGCUUAUGAGAAGAUUACCUAGAUAUAUGGGGGUAGGCCUUCUGCACAGUAUCUGUCUUUAUAUCCAGCUGUUCCAGGGUACCCCAUUCCCCCCUGCUUCUCACUCUUUCCCCAAGGGAUGGGAAUCACCAUAUCUCCUGAGCCUCCAGUUCCCCCACAAACUUCCAAGCUGCUGCUCUUCUCACUGCUGCCUUCCUUCUAGCAGUGCCAGUACAGAAAUAGUGCCAGUACAGAAAAAUCCCCAAAGAAUAAAUGAAGUAAAUAGAAAUCCGAGGCUUCCCACUUGAAUGAGUGGGUUCUGUGCAAGCAAUAGGGUAUCUUUGGCAACUCCUUGGUCUCUGCACUCCUAGGCACCAUCUUGCAUUAGAGAACUCAAGCUCACCUUUCCUAACUUGAUGCUCCUGAUACCUAUUCUCCACAAUACACCUCUCCAAGAGUAACUGCUUUGGACCUCGGAAGGACAAGCUCUGGAAAUGAGGGAGGACGAGGAGGAGAAGGAAAGAGAGGAAGGGGGAGUAGGGGGGGAGGAAGAGUAAGAGGAGUUGUGUGUUUUGUCUCCUAGUCUGCAACUUCUGGCUGGGAACUCUGGCAUCUUUUCUGAAGGUUCCAAACUCAUGGAUCAUACCCUGCCCCUUUCAGGCCAGCCUCCUUCUCUCUAGAUAUGCCUCCUAGAACUGAUAGAGAAUCCAGGCUGAAAGACUCUCCAAGUUGAAAGAGACCUGGAAAUCAUUUGGGUUCACUAUUCUCGGUUUAUAUAUGAGGAAACUGAGGCAGCUAAAUAGUCCACCUCCCCAUGUUUCUGAUGUUAAUGAGUGUGUAGGCUGAAAAGAGCCUUUGGUCUCACCAUGGACCUGGAUAUGGUAAGCACACAGUCAUUUUUCUCCCAACAGAAGCUAUGCAUGCCUCUAAGAGAAUGGGAUACAGUAUAUAUCUGAGCUUACCCCUGAUGUGCAUAGCUACAGGUGUGUAUAGCCUGGAUUUAGAAGGGUAAGAUCUUGCCUGAUGUACCACUAAAGCUGCCCUGGGAGAUUAUGAAACCAAACUGCCCUAGACUUGGCACUCAGUCAGGUGGCUGACCACAGGUCUCAGGAGCUGAUGGAUAUCAACGUGCCUUGCAGAGCAGUGGGUUCCCUACUGUCCACUAUGCUUCUCGCCCCAGAAUGACUAAUUCUGCUGUGUUCUCCCUGUAAUUUCUUUUGCGGUUGCUUACCCCAUCCGCACAAGGGUGAAUGUGCUCAGGAGGCCUAGGGAACAAAAAGACCAAACAGGGACCCUGGUUGCAGCUGAUAAAGGUGUAAUGCCUGUUUGAGGGAGAUAUUGAAAUUGUAAUCUUUGAGGUCACGUGACUCAUUAAAUAAUUAAUGCGGAUCGUCUGGAAUGGAUCGGAGUCGUCAGGGCCUCAUUAGGAAUGAAUCUCUCAGAAGUGAGACUCCAACUUCCUAUUUGAUUUUUAAAUACACGCACCCUCAGAUUUAUCUUCAAAGGCUUUUAACUCCUUCAGGAAGGCAAGAGGGAGCCCUUUAGCGAAGAGAACCAGAGCUGGCGUGCUCUGGCUGGGUCGUGGUGCUUUUCUGCAGCGUUCCUGCGAGUCCAAGGAGCGCAUUGUGGCCGGGGGAAACAGUGCCUGGACACAGGAAAAGACGAUUCCCUGAGCGCCUGGAGCUGGAAACAAUUCCUGGUCCAGAUUUAAACAUCUUUGGAGGUCUGCGCGGGGCGGCCAUUGGCGGCGGAGUGUCACGUGACCGCGGGGGCGUGCCAAUGUGCGCCCUCACGUGUGUCAAGCCCCUGUCAGAGUGUGCGAUCAAGAACCUGAAACAACGCGAUGCAAAAGGCGACCUACUACGACAGCUCAGCGAUCUACGGUGCCUACCCCUACCAGGCAACCAAUGGGUUCGCUUAUAAUGCCAGUCAGCAACCCUAUGCGGCGUCUGCCGCUCUGGGAGCCGAUGGCGAGUACCACCGACCGGCCUGUUCACUUCAGUCACCCGCCAGUGCGGGGGGCCAUCCCAAGGCACAUGAACUGAGCGAAGCAUGUCUACGCACCUUGAGCGGCCCGUCCAGCCAGCCCCCAGGCCUAGGCGACCCACCCCUUCCCCCACCUCCGCCCCAGGCCGCACCACCAGCCCCCCAGCCACCCCAACCUCCACCGCAGCCCCCUGCGCCCACCCCUGCAGCCCCUCCGCCUGCCUCUUCUGUUUCCCCUCCUCAGAGUGCCAGCAGCAAUCCCACCCCAGCCAGCGCAGCCAAGAGCCCCUUGCUCAACUCGCCCACCGUGGCCAAACAAAUCUUCCCUUGGAUGAAAGAGUCAAGGCAAAACACAAAGCAGAAAACCAGCGGCUCCAGCUCAGGCGAGAGCUGCGCUGGUGACAAGAGCCCGCCUGGGCAGGCUUCGUCCAAGCGCGCGCGUACGGCCUACACGAGCGCCCAGCUGGUGGAGCUGGAGAAGGAAUUCCACUUCAACCGCUACCUGUGCCGCCCGCGCCGGGUAGAGAUGGCCAACCUGCUGAAUCUCACGGAGCGCCAGAUCAAAAUCUGGUUCCAGAACCGCCGCAUGAAAUACAAGAAGGAUCAGAAGGGCAAGGGCAUGCUGACGUCAUCCGGGGGCCAGUCCCCAAGUCGCAGCCCUGUGCCCCCAGGCGCUGGCAGCUACCUGAACUCUAUGCAUUCGCUAGUCAACAGCGUCCCCUAUGAGCCCCAGUCGCCCCCACCUUUCUCUAAGCCUCCCCAAGGCGCCUACGGCCUCCCUCCCACCUCCUAUCCCGCGCCUCUGCCCAGUUGUGCGCCCCCACCUCCUCCACAGAAGCGCUAUGCGACGGCGGGGGCGGGCGCAGGAGGCACCCCCGACUAUGACCCGCACGCUCACAGCCUGCAGGGCAACGGCAGCUAUGGGACUCCACACUUACAGGGAAGCCCCGUCUUCGUGGGGGGCAGCUAUGUGGAGCCCAUGAGCAACUCUGGGCCGACUCUCUUCGGCCUAACUCACCUCCCCCAUGCAUCGGCCACCAUGGACUACGGGGGCGCCGGGCCACUGGGCAGCGGUCACCAUCACGGGCCAGGGCCAGGGGAGCCUCAUCCCACUUACACGGACCUUACAGCCCACCAUCCUUCUCAGGGAAGAAUUCAGGAAGCGCCCAAACUCACCCACCUGUGAUGGUGGGCUCGGGGCUGCGUGCCAGGAGAGUCCCCCUCCCUCGCCCUUCCUUUUCUUUUUCUUUCUUGUUUUAGGUUCUUCCUGCCCCGCCCUUUCCCCCUCUUCCCCGUUUUGUUCUCUUUGGUAAUGCAUUUUUAUAGUUUAUGUGACGUAGCAAUCUUGGUUGCUGGAAUGGCUGUCAGUAUCAGUAGCGAUAUUUAUCUCUUCCCGCCCCUCGCUCCGUCGCUGGCCCUGCACCCUUUACCUUCUUCAUUCUUUGAUCAGAAACAGGGUAUAUGAACAAAUUUUCUAGUCGAGUUUUCAAUGUGAAUUUGUUCGUACUUUAUGGCUCCCGAGAGGAAGCAAUUACUUUUUUUUUAAUUUUUAGUUUUUAAAAUUGCACUUCUUGUAAAGAGCGAGAAAAAAAUCAAAGGCGCUUUGAAACAGGGGUUCCCUGUGCAAGGAUGAUUAAGUGUACGUCUUUCCCGUGUGUGUAUGCUGGUGAACAGUCAGAUUUAUUUAUAUUUUUUUUGCAAGCAUUGAAUAGUCUAAGUUUUAAAUAUUAUUUAUCCCCAUCCGUUCGUAUUUAUAUUAAAGAAAUUGUGUACCCUGGUUGUUCAGAAGGUUUCUUGGGCCUUUUGUUCAAUAGUGUAUUGGCGUACAUAUAAAAUUUUUUAUUUCAAAGGGAAAUAUAAUUCCUUUAUAAAGAUGGUAAUGAUGCAAUAAAACCAGAGCGGAUCCAGCGUUUGAAAACAGUGACUUAGGUUUGUAACAUCCAGCAAAACUGAAAAAAAAAAAUCUGUAAACGUGAAAAAUGCUAGAUUUGUUUUGAGAGUUCUACAUUCCUUGCUGCUCACAUUCUGAGAAACAAAACAAAAAAUAAAGUUUUUAUUCUGAUUAA